AUGGCUGUUCCUCCUCUUUCUGUACGCGUGUCUCUGUUUCAAGCUAGAGCGGACGCAAAAAGUUCUUGCACUACCGUCGUGGGCCAUGUUGAUGACGGCACGACUGGUACGCACGACGGCGCUGCGAAGCUUUUGCGGAGCUGCGUAGACAACUACCGCGGUGACGUACUCCUUCCUCUGCCUUCGCUGACGUCGUCCACGAAGGCAGACGAUGCUUGUGAGAGUCGCGCACGAACCGCAGCGCAGCUCAUUGCGGGCCUCGAACAACGCCUGACGAGGUACUGCGUCCUGCACGUCCCAAAGUCUCGCAUGAAGACAUUUGUGCAGGAGAACUGCUUGUCAGAGUCCGCUCUUAUUCCACAUUCAGCCCAAGGUUGCAGUGACAUACUCUCGCCUGCUGACGCUGACGAUGGAGAAGACGGGACCCAGCGAGAUUCGAUAUCCUCCACACGUUAUUGUGCGGACUGCUCCGCGCCGCUUGUGAAGGAAGCUGCGGGUACUUCGGGGGUUUUAUCGGAUGAAAAAGUGCCGUGGAUUCGUAUUUGUCAGCUGCAGCGCAUGCUAGGUGAACGUGGAGGCAGCACAGCCCGCAUUCCCACAGCAGAAGAGUGGAUGCUCCGGCAGCAAGGGCCAACAGACCUGUAUGUGUCGGAUGACGAAGCCAAUGCACUACCCAUCGAGCCUGUGGAAGCCGACUCUUUCCUCACAGGUGGCGAGUGCUUCGCAGCUUUCUUUCAGCUGCAGAUGAUCUCGCCUGGUGAGCGGGAGAAAAAGCUGAUCUCCUCGCAGGAAGUUGUGGACGAGCCGCCCCCAGCGAUGCGGCCGAUGCAGCCGGCUGCGCAGUCCUUCUUCACGGUGCAUGCGUUUCACAACACCGUGCGUAUCGGACUUCCACCUCCGUUGUCUGCUUCAUCGGAUGAGAGGAAAGAACAUCUCCGCAACUCCGCGUUGCCGAGUCUACGAAGUGUCGUAUGGAGUCGACUGCAAGCGCAGCGAGGUGUGAAGGUGCGACGGCUGUUAGACCCGCAAACGGGAGCGGCGGUGCUGCCGUGCGAAUCAACUUCGGCCCUCAUGGCGGCCUCGCUUACCACGUUCGUUGCCGAGUGCGACGAGCCGGCAGAGCACCAACAACGGGAAGGGCCCACACAGGAGCUGCCUGGACUUCCCUCCUCUUCGACUUCCACUCCCGCGGUACAGACGCAACGGCUUUCGAGAGGAGCAAGGAGCUGCCUGACGCAGCCGAACGCUGAUCUCUUCGAAAACCUUGUCGGCCUCCGUGCCCAGCGUCGCGAAGACCAGUACUACUACGACGGCUUUCAGAGCCGUGACUGGGCGGAUCAGCGCACGGCCAUUUCGUUGAGUGAGUUGCCGAGCGAGUCGGAACUGCGGAUGACGUCGGUGGCGAGUCAGGCCUCCGACUUCACCGCGAUCUAUCCGCACCCUUCCUCUUCGCGUCACCCGUCUCAGGCGUCUCGCACGACGGCCUCGGCGUUUACGGUGUCGACGGAGAACAGCCGCUCUCGACCUUUUCCUGUCGUGCCCGACGAGGGGGAGGAGACAAGCAACGGUGGUGUUGUGCUGGAACGGCGGGGAGAGAGCGACCAUGACGGGAAAAACUGCUAUUCAGGUGACGUUACAGCACAAAACGUCGCGGUUUCUCGUGACACACACAAUGCUGACGCGACAGCACGCAGCCCAGGCAGCACGGCGAGAGACACCGUGUCACCGUUCGUGAACGACCAGUCUCAUUUGUUUGGGCUGCAAGACUCGCUGCGUGACAUGAACGAGGUGUUUCUGUACGAGGACGAAGAAACGGUAAUAGAGCCGCAGGACGGUGGUCAGCCGAAGACCGAUCUUAAUGGGCAAGAUGAGUCUUUCAGCCCACGGCAGCGACGCGGCUCACUCGUGUGGAGUACACCCGCCGCUCGAGGGUGUGCCGGUGGUUUCAACUUUGCGGAGAGGGGCAUGAGUACGACGCCGCUGACGUAUCGCACGAGCACGCAGCUGUCCACAUCGCCGGCACAUUCUCCUCAUGCCGCCUAUGCGGAUGAACACAAACGGGAGAUGAUGAGCGAUCCACCCGUUCAGCGAUUCAUCUUUCCUCUUUCUCCAUCUCAAUCGCCAUCGACCUCAACAAACGGCAACGCAGAGGAAGAUGGAGAGGAGCGAAGAGCAGAGUCGAUGCUAGAGCAAGCAAACACAGGUGCCUUCUUGGAUGACUUGGGUGCAUCGGCCCCCAACGAAGGGGUAGACGAGGACUCCGUGGAGGACGAGGAAGACAGCGAAGCCAACGAUGAAGCGUCCACAGAGAGCGGUGCUGCUGUUUCAUCUGACCGCCCCUCUCCUUCCCGCUCCCACCCCCGCCCCAACAACGGUCACAAACAGCAAGAGGUAGACACGGAGACUAUAAAAGCUACCGCCACCCCGCUUCGGCAACAGUUCAGCCCAUCCUCCUCGACUCACCAUUUCGCUUGCACGCCCCCUUCCCACUCGAAGUCUUCGGCGUCGCCGUCGUCGCCGCUGCCGCUGUCUGUGACGCUGUCGCAGGUCGACUCGCAUCUCUUCGCGUCCGCCGGGUCGGACGAAGCCACCACGCCGCUGCCUUACUGCGCCACUAGUUCCUCCCGUUGCCGCACCGCCGAGCAGGAGCUGCGCGGUCACCUUCGGAGCCUGAAUCCACUGUCCACGCAGAGCAGUCAAACAAAGAGCCAAGGGAUGGGAAAGAUGGGCAGUGGAAGGCGGCAGCAAGAACACGAUCAACACGCUCCGCCGCCUGGAGGGAAUGCAUGGGGGCCACGAUUCUCUUCUGCUGCGGGCCCACAAACGACAAAGCGACCCCGUGAAAACCAAGACGGUGGCGUCGUCGACGCACUUCACUCUGCUACGCCGCGAAGGGACGAUGCGUCGUGGCGGAGCACCCCGCACGGUUCCCACGCACGGCCUGUCGGCACGGAUGCCGCACGCGUCGGCUCGACAAGCUCAUCGCCGCCCUCCACGGUCGCAGCCAGACGACAAGCGAGGCACCGCUCCCCCAUUUACUUCUCCCCGGACGAGUUACUGGGCAUGACGGCAAAUCCCCUGACGGCCUCCGGGGGUGCGAAAUCGUCGCGUUUUGCGUCGUGCUCUUCUUCACUGUCUUCGCGCGGUGGCUCUGCUUCCGGGGAACGGGCGAGCGAGGCGUACAACCAAGGCGCCCAGUUUGACCGCCGCUACCCGCCCUUUAUCGCUUCGUACCCCUUGCAUGAAAGCGACUUCAUGAAUGCCGGGGAUGGGGUGGCGAAGUGGGGCCACGAAUCGGGCACGCCCAACCCUCGCUCGUCUCCGCGAAAACAGCACCCACAAAAUCCACAGCAGCACAACACUCCCUCGCAGCCUCUCACGUCUUCGGGACCUGAUCUUCACGGCUGUCGGAGUCCGCUGCACCCGCCUCCCUUUGUUUCUUGUUUUCCAGAAUCGUUUUCGGCCCGACGACGCCGGCAAUACCCCUCGCAGCCGCAGCCGCAGAUGACCGAUACGAAUUAUACGCCGGGCACGGUACGCGUUUCGUCGCAACGCCUGCGUCGCUCGGAGUCGCAUUCUGCCUCGGGGAUCGAGACGUGGGUGCGCUUCAGCGACGUCGACGGCGAUGAGACGAGCGGAAAGAUUGGCUGUGCGGGCGUGAGCAGCGGCGACGAUGACGAACUGAUGCUCGUGACACAGCAGGAAAUUCCAGACUACACCGCGGAGCUGAGCUCCUCAGACAGUGAGGAGGCGAUGAACCGAGCCGACGACGAGGAAGAUGAAAGUGACGGCAGCACCGAGUCGAGCUGA